GCUGCACAUGGACGAGUUUUCAGAGGACAAGAAUUCACAGUUUGGUUCCCUUGUUGCACUUGGAGGCACGUCUUUUGAAGGUCUCACAUUUUGGACUAAACACCUCUUUAACCUCUUUUUACCUUUUUCAUUCCUUCGUCCUUCGCUUCAAGCUAUAAUCACUGGAUCUCCAAGGGUGGUGAUCCGGGUUUCAAGAGAGGUCCAGAGAUGCUGAAGGCACAGAAGAGGAAGCGAGCUCAGAGGACCAGCACUAACCUCACUAAAGCAGCUCUUCACCUCGCUGUGCACACAGACAGUAAUUCACACCUUGGUCCGACCCUUCGUUUGGAACCCAGUGCAACAGUCUCCUUUGCCAACAGCACCAGAGGGACUCAUUUCCUAUUUGGACCUGUGGCUGGUGCUGCUGCACUGACAGCUCUCCAUUUGGCUCAGAUUGAGAUUCAGGCCCAGAUUGCUCUCCAGCAGCUCGCCUCUCUUGCAACCACAACUGUUGGUAACCGGUGUCACAACAACAACAGGUUUGCAGUGGCGUUACCUCCUCACCUGGCCCUCCAGAGUCUUCUCAAUAGACAAGAGGUGUCAGCUGUUGGGUUUAACGUGGACACAAACAAUAAAACCUACAGAACUACACAACCGUGUUUUCCUGCUGCCAUGUACCACCACCACUCCCAGCAACAGGGGCCACAGCAGUUUUCCAAUGGGCCCAGGCCUCAUAAUCAGACACAUCCAAAUCAACAUCAGAAUCGCGCUUCCUCUGAUAUGCUGUCGCAGGCGAUGGGUUUCCAGUUUCCUCGUCCCACUCAGCUCCCUGAUGAACUAGAGUCUGCCCUGGCUAUCCGGGGUGCCAGGGACAUGGACCAUCGCCUCAUUGACCAUAUGAACCCACCCAACCAACACCAGAACCAAGGCUCAGGUUCUGGAGUCCAUCAACCUGGAACCUACAGCUCUAACCCAAUAACACUCACUUCUGAUAAUCAGCCAGGCCACCAGCAAGGAGUAGACUGGUCAAGCUACCAACCUCCAACUAAACUGUUUGCUAGUCCAACACCUAGUGCUAGCCAACAGUCGCAACGACACCAGGCACCUCAACAGCAGCCUGAGGGCAGCCAGGGUUUGUACACACCCGAGAGUGCAGGAAGUAUCUUGGCUAGCUUUGGACUUUCAAAUGAAGACUUAGAAGUGCUGAGUCACUACCCUGAUGAUCAACUAACCCCAGAUACUUUACCAUUUAUCCUGCGUGACAUCCAAAUCAACAAGUCAGGCAACCAGAAAACUGCGGCUUCCACUUCCUCAUCUUCCUUCUCACACAGCAUCCACGAUAUGCCACUACCACCUUCCCGCUCUUCACCAUUGGCACGUUCACGUUCCCCGGAAGUGCCUAGCCUCCUUACCGUUACACAGACAGCAGGUAAAGUCAUUGACUAUGGUCAUGCCAGUCGGGCAAAGGAUGAGAGUAGUACCAGAGAAGCUUUCAAAAGGGAACCGCUCUCCAAUGAAAGGACAGUUAAAAUGUACCCAUCCUCAUCGUCGCCAUCAGCUCUAAAAGCCGAUAAAGCUGAAAGGCGGCAGGUUCAUUUGGAACACACUGAACCAAGCAAGCACGGAGAUCGGGACUACCGCAGGACAAGUAGCGACCAUCGCAAGAGCAGUCGGUCACCUGGGAGAGAAUUACCACCAUCGUCCAAAUCUCGUAAUCUCGACCGAGACUACAGGCACGACGGACCCAAGCCAAGGCCCUCAUCUGAAACCAGGAGUGAGGAUUCGUCAAGGAGGUCUCUCUCUUCUUCGUCUGGCUCAAAACCACUCAGCAGCAGCAAGAAGUUACCUACCCCCACCAUGAUAAGUGAUUUCUCAGCCGUGUCUCCAAAGGUGUAUCCCCAUAUCUGCUCCCUGUGCCACAUACAGUGUGAUCAGGAAAAGGACUGGGUUGACCACGUUAACACCGUGAACCACACUGCUGCCUGCAGAGACCUGCGCAACAAGUACCCUGACUGGAAACCAAGUCUGCCAAGUCAGAGCAGACCAUAUGGCAGCCGAGCUCUGUGGGAUCCCAAGGAUCGCUCUCCAUCCCAUUCCGUGUCUCGGAGCCUCUCAGGUUCUCCCACCCCAAGUCCUCCUCACAACAAACACAGGGUGUGCCCCCAUCCCCACAGGCCACACGGGAAGCUCUACUCCCCUCACCAUCUCCCUCGCUUCCACCACUACACAGAACACGGCCAUCGCUUGGAGGGCCGCCACUCCGGCUCACACAGUCCCUCUCACUCACACCCAACCUCCUCCUCCUCCAGAGAGCACCGGCCUGAGAGGAAGGACAAGGAAUCAUCAGGGGGUUCCUCUCGCAUCGGUGGGAAGCGUCCACACCAUGACUCCACUAACACCAGCCGACAUCCACCCUCCUCUAAGGCGGCUCACAGCUCCAAACGUGGACAGUCCAACAUCACAACUGUUAAGAGCGGGAUGAAGACUGGAACUAAGAUGGCUAAGACAGCAAGUAACAAGGCGGCUGACACAUGUGCCAGGCCUCCUCCAGCCAAGAAGAAGAAGAAAACAGCCACUCCAGCCUCUCUGGGCUCGUCUGUUGCAGAUCGUCUGGUUUAUCUGACAGGCAUUCCAAACCACGCCUCGGAGCAGGAAGUCACUGACUUGGUCGGGUCCUUUGGCAAGAUCAACAACGUGAUCCUCAUGCCAUGCUCAGAAGAAGACAGUGAGAAGAGCCAAGGACAGAAGGCAUCUGUAUGUAUGGUGAAGGCUGAAGACGCUCAGGCACUGGCUAACUCCACAAAUCUCUCCAUCAGAGACCAGAAAAUCACUGCUUCAACAGCCAAGUUACCAUGUGGAAAACACACACACAAACCUGAAGGAGUGCAGUCUCCUGAUGCCAACAACAGCAAACCUGCUUCAGGACAGGAGAAGGGUCCUGCCGGGGAAGACUCAGGAGCUGAGGCUCAACACAAGACGUCUGAUGAGAAAGGCAUGGUGUUGAUCACAGGACUUCCUAAGAGCAGCUGGUCAGAGAGUGACAUCAUCAAGCUGAUCCAGCCCUUUGACACGCCCUCGGACCUCAUCCUGGCAAAACAAAUGGGAAAGGUGCUUGUGUCAGUGGCAGACACAGAGAUUGCUCAAGAGAUAGUGAAAGUCCACUCCUUCAUCCCCACCAAGAUUAAAGACUGUGAGGUGAAGAUAAUCCAUGUCAAACAGCGUAUUGGCCUCAGCACACCGGUGGCUCUCUACAAUCUGCUGAUGGGAUCAGUGGACUCAUUAGAGAGUACUGUUCCAGUGGGCUGGAGCAGGCUCUUGGUGAUCAGUAAUGUCCCCAACAUGCCCUCUGGAUCCUCUGAGGUCCAAAAACUGGUGCGACGCUUUGGUACCGUCAUCAAGACCCUCGUGCUCAACAACAUGGUCAUUUGUGAGAUGGCGACUGCAGCCAUGGCAUUCUCUGUUUACAAACGCUUCCAGACGUUUCCGUGCAUCAUCCAGAACAACCCCCUGUUCUUCUCCCGCAAGCCGGACCCCAAGGCCAACACACAGACAAAAGUCAUCACUACGUACCUUGAGUCGUCUGAGGAUGCACCUGCUAACGGCAAAAGCAGCCAAACAGCAGCAGCUGCAGAGGAAGAGGAGGCUGUCCAUAUAGAGAAGUCUCAACCUCCUUUGGAGGAGGUGGAAAAAGACACUUCUGGGACAGACCAGACGAUGAAGAUCACAGAGAAGAGGGCUGGUGAAGACCAAGCUUUGGGAGAAAACGCCAGCAAAGACAGCAUCAGAAGCCAUGAGCCUAGCACUGCUGUUUCCCACUCUUCAGCUGCACAAGACGCCAAAGCAGAAGCAGUCAUGGAUACAGACAUGAGGGAAACAUCUGCUGAUAAAACUGUCACAGAGACAGUAGGAGACAAUAACGGAGUCAAUCUAUCUGAAGCAGGAAAGGACAAGGCUGCAGGUGCCCAAGAGACAAAGGCAUCUGUCUCUAAUGGCAGAGCAGCUUCCAUGGAGACGGCCAUGCCAGAGCUACCUAAGGUCACUCAACAAAUGGUUAACGCGUUGCUUGUAGAGUGCCGAACAAGAACCGGCAGCCAUCCUAACAACGUAGAAGCUUCCACCUGUGGCGUGAAGGGGGAAACACAAACAGAGACAGAGCAGGACAAAAAGUCAGCAGAGGGGACAAAAGAGGCGGCCAAGAGCCACACAGAGGAGGAGGUGAAGAAGCAGGAGAGGGAGAGGAAAGAGAGGGAAGCCAGAAAGGAGGUGAGGGAGAGAGAGAGGAAGGAGAGGGAGAGGAGGGCCUGGGAGAAGGAGGAGAGGGCUAAGAGGGAGAGGGAAUGGGAUGAAAGAGCCAGGAAGGAGAGGGAGAAGAGGGAGGAGGAAAGGAGGGAGUGGCAGAGGAGGGAAAGAGAGAGGAGGGAGAGAAAGAGAGCACACGGUGAAGGUUUGUCCGGAUCCAGGUGGUCUUGCCGGUCGGAGGGAUACAAGCAGAGCUCCUGGACGGACGCACAGCUUAACAGCUCACAGGCUGAGACCACAAUGGUGGAGGACGAGGACCACUUCCCAUUCAACAUGAGUGACUUUGUGACAUUAGAUGAAGUAGGAGAUGUUACCGACCUUCCGUGUUCCCCUGCUGCUGUUCCCAUGGAAACCACAGACAGGGAGGAGGAGGAUGCUACCACGUCUGUCCCUCAGGACACUACAGGGGUCACACCCAUGGAGGUUGCCAUAGAAACAGCAGUAUCGGAUGCCACAGUGACUCUGCUCAAGUCUGAUCAACAAGUAUCAGAGUCCGAACCCGUGAGAGCACCAACAGCUGACUCCUCAGACAGGUCGUCAGGUUUAACACCCGGUCCGGUCCUCACCGCUGCAGCAUCCACCUUACCAGCUCCACAGGCUGAGUCCUCUCUCAGCCAAACACCUGAGACUGAAAUCACACCACUGCCCACCCUGGACUCCACCCCAGAGGUCCAACACCUGUCCGUGCCUGCCCCUGCAGCAUCAGGUAACCCACCUGAAGCUGCCCCUGCAAACUCCUCCUCAAACAGCCCAGCCAUAGGAGCAGUGACCGCAGAGAGUGAGGACCAUAAGAAAGAGGAGAGUCCUCUCAGUCACAGCCAGGCCAAGGAGGAGGAGACGGUGCUGGUGUUGGACAAAACAGAAGGACAGGAGAAGAUGCAGGACCAGGAGGACAAAGAGACGGGAGCUCCUGCUGCAGAGACGGGAAAGCAACAGACGUCCAAAGACCAAACAAACGGAGAAGAGGAGAGUAUGAAAAAGACAUUACAGAUGAAAACACCCAUGAGCACGGACUACUCCCUCCCCCCUUUUGACCCCAGCAAUCCAGUUGGUAUGGAGUUCUUAGUCCCAAAGACUGGUUUCUUUUGUACAGUAUGUAAUCGAUUCUUCAGCGGAACCAAAGAAGCUGAGAUCAACCACUGCAGAACCAUCAAACACUACGAG